GGUGCUUACUAAAUAUCGUCUUCUCCUAUCUUCCUAUCCUUGUAUCCCUCAUCCAAUUCUUCCCUUUUCAUCUCCCUUUUCCUCUAUUUCUCAUAUUCCCCCAAUUUCUUUUUAUAUAUCUCCACGAUAAGCUUUUUUCAUCCUACUCUUUUCUACUCAAAUUUCCACGCUUCAGCGCAGUUUAUCCGAAUCCCGUUGUGAAUUCAAGAUCUCUCUUUUUUGCUUGUUUUCAUAUCCUCCAUGGGAUCGAAAAGCCCCUAUUUUCACGGGCUUUAUGUUGUCUGAUUUUGACUGUUUCUCUUCCUCCAAUUGUUGGCCCCAAUUCUUGUCUUUGUGCUCAGCCUUUUGCCUUACUUUUGCAAUCUGCUUUGUUAACUCUUCUCACCUUUGUUCCUUGUGGGACUAGCAAAAAUUAUGUUACUCAAACCUGCUUCCUCCUCCCGUUUUCGAACCUCUGAUAUCGAUGGCCCUUUACCCCUCGUUUUCGCCUCUAAAACCCUCUUGAAAUCGAGGUCUUUCAGCAAGAUUUCGAGGGGUGACAGCAUUAGGCGCUCCUGCAGCUUGAAUCUUAAUGAUAAGCCCUCGUUUCACGUUGAUGCAUCGGCCAAGAUGUCGAAUAGCCCUAGAGAUGACGAAGGGUGUAGGCGGAAGAAGCAGCACUGUGCAAUUUUAAACAAUAGCGUUAACAACACCAGUAGGCUAGGUGGGAGGGAUCAAGACUCGUUCUUGGAAUCACAUUUUGAUUUCUUGGAGCCAAUGAUGCUAGGGAUCAGACCGGAGUUCCCAGAGUGGCCGGAUAAGAAAACGGCUGCUUGGGCAAUGGUUGAACAGAAGGCAAAUAGUUUGGACAUUCCCCUCUCUCUUAGGAUGAUCAAGAAGAAGCUGCAGCUGGAGGAGGGCUUUACUGGUGGCUCCGAGGAGGCAGAGGCGGGUGGCUCUUGCUCAGUGAAGGCGGCCUUUGCCUCGAUGGUGUUCAUCAUCGUUGAGCUGCAAAGCUGUGCCUUGCACAUGAGGGAAGCUAUGUGUGAUGAGGAUUUAGAUGUGAUCACGUCUAAGGUGCAGAAGGAGUUGCAUUUCUCAUUUGUGUGGCUGUUCCAGCAGGUGUUCUCGAGGACACCGGCUUUGAUGCUGCACGUGAUGGUGCUCUUGGCUAAUUUCAGUGUACAUUCGACUUCCCACAACACCGCGAUAGGGGGGGAGGCCCCGUUGCUGGUGGAGCCUCUCCAGCAUAGGCAAGGGCAGCAGAAUCAAGUGAUUAGCUCGUCGUUGUCUAUGGAGGAGGAGAAGACCGAGGGUGGUUUGGGGAGUCCGAGCAUUUAUCCAACUGAUGAGUUUGGGAGCAUGGCAGAGAUGUUGUUGUGGGACUCGAUGGUUGAAGAGGCUAAGAAGACGAGGGAAAGCGUGGACGUGGAUCAUGACACCAUGAAACAUUUUGUUUCACCCGUGGCUGUGGAGAUCGAGAACGAUAGCUAUGAUGAUUUUCUCAGGGCAGACCUCUUGUACCAGAUUAAAUUAUCUUUCGAACCUAAUAAUGCACUCUUGCUAUGCAACUAUGCACGAUUUCUGCAUCUUGUGGCACGCGACUAUCAGAGGUCCGAGGAAUGCUUCAGGCGGGCAGUACAAGUAACACCACCGGAUGGAGAAUCCUUCAGUGAAUACGCCAACUUCCUAUGGACAGUGAGGAAGGACUAUUUGGCGGCCGAGGAGACCUACCUACAAGCUAUGGCGCUCGAGCCCCAUAACUCCUACUUCGCCUCUAGAUACGCUAACUUUUUGUGGAGCACUGAAGAGACCUGUUUCCCUCUCAACAAUUCCUCCAACUCGAACAUGUAGGGAGCCAUCGAGCCUCAUCAUCAUCAUCGUAUAGUUAUACAAGAAGAAUACAAUUUGUUUUGUCCCUUGCUUUUCCGGAACUCUGGAAGCUCGAACGAUGGGGCCAGAAACCCCAGGGCAUGAGAAUAUCUUUGUAUGUUUUCGGGGCGACGAAAAAGGUUAGUUUUUUGAUGGAGUUGAUCAGGAAGAAGGUGUAGGAAGAUUUUUACAGCAGGUUCAAAUGCAACUCCUAAUUUUUACAAUUUGUACAGAAAAAGGGUAGUUUUUUGUUACUAAAUGAGUGUGGCAUUAUUUGCUUGUAUACUUACUACUAAAAUGGCGAGAAACUACAUUUGCAUAUUAUUACCAUAAAUUUCUGCAGA